GUGUGCGGUGAGGAGGUCGGCGGAAGGUGGUUCUUCACUUCUCGGUCUCGUCCUCGGAAGUAGACGUUCGUGUCUAUAUUCCGUUCAUUUUAUUUUUAACAUCAGUUUGGAAGGAUCCCUUUUAGUUUUUAAAACUCCCAUCAAAUUUCACGGCAAACAUGGAGGCGAAGCUGGACGCUUAAAAAGAUGACGGAAUCCGAUCUGCUGCUUUAUUUUACCUCAGUUUAAUGGACCGGAUGAUCUGCGUUUCCCACAACCUUGCAGGGGAGGUAGCUGCAUCCAGUGGGGAGGUAGGCUUUUCCAGGGUUCGUGAUGAAGUUCACCCUGCCCCUGGAAAGCCGGAAGCUGUCAUCUCUUCUAGAGAAGGCAGUUUCUAGGGAAGCCAAACUAUGGAAGGCUUACGUGCCAAAGAAACCUACCAACCAGGAUACAGAUAUUUCCCCUGAAAAGCGUGAUGAGGCCGUCCGGUGGUUGAGGGAUGUUCAUUCCCAGCUGAAGCUCUGUCCAGAGACCCUCUGCCUGGCCAUCGGCAUCCUGGAUCGCUUCCUCUCUGCCGUUAAGGCCCGUCCGAAGUACCUGCGCUGUAUCGCCAUCUCUUGUUUCUUCCUGGCUGUUAAGACCAGUGAGGAAAAUGAGCGUAUCCCGUCUCUGAGAGAGCUGGCGUCCAGCAGCAAAUGUGGCUGUUCUCCGUCGGAGAUCUUGCGGAUGGAGAGGAUUGUUCUGGAUAAGCUGAACUGGGACCUGCACUCCACCACCGCACUGGACUUCCUUUACAUCUGUAUAUCAUCAUCAUUUUCUUUCGGUUUCCUCUUUCAGAUUGACAGUUCUCAGCUGAUUGGCUGUCGAGAGCUGGUUGCACGUUGCCUGUCCACGCACACGGCUUCCCUGCCUCCUAACACUGUGUACAUCUGCCAUCCCCCGCCGAACGCCCUGGAGCCUCGGGACGGGGGAGUCCUGCCCCCCUGGCACGUCUCCCCUGCCUCGACAGCGCCCUCUGACCCCAACACCACCCACACCCGUGCGUGCAAGUCCUCGGCCAAGCGGAAGGUGGAACACAUGGAGGUGGACGAGUAUUUCGACGGGAUCAAGCGCCUGUACAAUGAGGAGAGUCCCCAGGAGGGGGCGCCCACGUGCACUGCCGAAACACAGCAGAACGCUGGCUCCUCCCCCUGCCCUCCUCUCCAGCCGGUCAGAGAAACCUAGAGGAAACAGCUAAACAAUCACACAACCACCGCAGCAGCCGCGUUCAUCGGUUCACCUCAGAGCAAGAGAGAGGCCAAAAAUACUAACAAAAAAAAACACUGUGCAUGAUGCCAUUUCAUAACCGUAAACAUAAAA